GUCAGGAUGGGCCACGGGUUGGUCCCCGACAAGGAGGACCAGGACAGCUUCUGCUUCAGUCUCGGUGGAUGCUUCCACUUGAUUUCUUACUGGGGUAAGACCACGGAGAGGAAGUGGAGGAUUGGCACAUCCGUUGUGUCAGCUGGCGCAGGUUCAGGAUUUGGUGACAUAAAAUGCUGCCAGCCUGGCAAACGCUUCCUGUAGAGCUUCGGUAAAGGAGAACAAGAGUUCACGCUAUGAAAAUGGUUUAUUAUUGCUCCUUUUUUUGGUUUUGUUAACAUUCGCAUAACUUGAGGUGGGAAAUAUUCGGUUCAGUUAAUGCCAAUGGAGAUAAAAAUGCACUUGAUUUCCCUCAAAUGUGGCAGUUUUGGCUGUUUUCAUUGUUUAUUUCGCUUCAUGGCUGAUGAUUAAUUAAGAAGCACAAAAAAAAAUUGUUCUAAAAUUGUACAUUUAAAAAUGUACCAAUGUACUACUUAAGGUCCCCCCAAAGCAUCUCAAUUGGAUUUUACUUUGGACUUUGACUAGGUCACUUUAAACUCUUUGUUUUUUUUAGUCAUUUUGUGAUGGAGAUCUAUUCUUGUAUUUUUCUAGAUUGGGGGAUGAUGUUUUGCUCUUUGAGAUAUUCUUGCCUACUUCAUGCUGUUCAAACAAGUUUAAGUGAUUAGUUGAUUCUUGAGGCAGAAAUCUGUCCUUGAUGUUUUCUAUUGAAAUAGUAAAAAAAUAAUUGAUUAAUCAUUUCCCAAUUCUUGCUUUAAAUAAUAAUCACCUUAUAAUUAAUUUAGGAACCUUUCUAACGCUGUUACUAAAAUGCUUUCUUUAUAAAAAAUAAAAAAAAUCUGCUCAUUUCACACGGGAUUCAAGCUCAGGCUGGUUUUGGCACAGCUGGUUUCAUUGGUUAUGUCGUCCUUGAACUCUUGGCAACAGUCACCAAUCCUGUUUUUUUUUUUUCUUUUUUUUCUCUCCUUCUUCUAUAAAUACCCUCAAAUUUAGGAUUUGACGUCACCACUGUUUACCGAUUCACUUUGGCUUGACAGAAUCCACCUGUCUUUACUCUAAUCCAGGUUUUCAUCUCCUCCACGUUCACAGUUUUGCCUAGCAGGAGCGAUGCUCGUGUAGGAUAGAUGCCGACCCAGCAAGAGGCUCCUGGAAUUAACGGGAGAAUGCUUUGGGUUGAUGAUGAGCUUCUUUUUAUGCUUUGUCUUUAACUAGAUUUUUCUGAAUGGCUUUUAAUAGACUAAGUGCUUAGAGUUGCUUGCUGCUUUGGCUUUUAUUUUUCAUCAUUAUGAAUCCGCUAAAGCUGGUAAAUAUGGAUGAAAGUAUGAAAGGUUUGAGGUUUUUAAGAGCCUUAAGGUUGAUACAGUUCUCAGAAAUUUUACAGUUUUUGAAUAUUCUAAAGACAAGCAACUCCAUUAAGUUGGUGAACUUGUGUUCAAUCUUCAUAAGCACAUGGCUAACUGCAGCAGGCUUCAUUCAUUUGGUGGAAAACUCAGGGGAUCCUUGGGAAAACUUCCAAAAUUCCCAAACACUUUCCUACUGGGAAUGUGUCUACCUACUCAUGGUUACGAUGUCGACUGUUGGCUAUGGAGACGUUUAUGCAAAAACCACCCUUGGUCGCUUGUUUAUGGUCUUCUUUAUCCUUGGUGGUUUGGCCAUGUUUGCAAGCUACGUCCCUGAAAUCAUAGAGUUAAUAGGAAACCGCAAGAAAUAUGGUGGUUCCUAUAGUGCUGUUAAUGGGAGAAAGCACAUCGUGGUCUGUGGUCACAUAACGCUCGAGAGUGUGUCCAACUUCCUAAAAGACUUCCUACACAAGGACAGGGAUGAUGUCAAUGUAGAAAUUGUUUUUCUCCAUAAUAUUUCCCCUAAUCUUGAGCUGGAAGCCUUGUUCAAGCGUCAUUUUACCCAAGUAGAGUUUUACCAGGGGUCUGUCCUGAACCCACAUGACCUAGCCAGAGUGAAGAUUGAAUCAGCUGAUGCCUGCCUGAUCUUGGCGAACAAAUACUGUGCUGACCCAGACGCCGAAGAUGCAUCCAACAUCAUGAGGGUAAUAUCUAUCAAAAACUACCAUCCGAAGAUCAGAAUAAUAACGCAGAUGCUGCAGUACCACAAUAAGGCUCACCUUCUGAACAUCCCAAGCUGGAACUGGAAGGAGGGGGAUGACGCCAUUUGCCUUGCUGAGCUGAAACUCGGGUUCAUUGCCCAGAGCUGCCUAGCUCAAGGACUCUCCACCAUGCUGGCCAACCUUUUCUCCAUGAGGUCCUUUAUCAAGAUUGAGGAGGACACAUGGCAGAAGUACUACCUUGAAGGAGUAUCCAAUGAGAUGUACACAGAGUACCUGUCAAGUGCCUUUGUUGGGUUGUCCUUCCCAGUCAUCUGCGAACUCUGCUACGUGAAGCUGAAGUUACUCUUGAUAGCUAUAGAGCACAAAUCUGAUCAAAGGGAAAGCAGCACUUUGAUCAACCCUGGAAACCAUGUGAAAAUGCAGGAGGGAACCCUGGGCUUCUUCAUCGCAAGUGAUGCCAAAGAAGUAAAAAGGGCGCUGUUUUACUGCAAGGCUUGUCACGAUGACAUAACAGAUCCCAAAAGAAUAAAGAAAUGUGGAUGCAAGAAAUUGAUAUAUUCCAAGACACCCGCCUUCAAGAGAAUGAGACUGGCAUGUUGCUUUGAUCGCAGGCGCUCAAAGUGGGAGCGCUCUUGCAUGCCGGUUAUAGUGCGUUGUAACUUGGACUCCCCUCAUCGGGACAUCCCACUCUCUGCUCUCUCUGUUAAUGAUUGCUCGGCCACUUUACGUGCCUCUAAAAAUAGCUAUAAUGGAUAUAUCAAAUCAAUUGAAGAGGACCAACAGACAGCUCUGUCACCCAAAAAGAAGCAGCGCAACGGAGGCAUGAGAAAUUCUCCAAACUCCUCGCCCAAGAUAACAAGACAUGACCCAUUCCUCAUCCCAGGCAGUGAGCAGAUUGAGACCAUGGAUGAGAACAUAAAGAAAUACGACUCCACGGGGAUGUUUCACUGGUGCCCGUCCAAAGAUAUCGAGAAGGUCAUCCUGACCCGCAGCGAAGCAGCUAUGACUGUUCUGAGUGGACAUGUGGUCGUGUGCAUCUUUGGAGAUGUGAAAUCAGCGCUGAUCGGUCUGCGAAACUUUGUCAUGCCCCUGAGAGCGAGCAACUUCCACUACCACGAGCUGAAACACAUUGUGUUUGUCGGUUCCCUGGAAUACCUCAAGCGCGAGUGGGAAACUCUACACAACUUCCCCAAAUUAUCCAUUCUGCCUGGCACACCGUUGAGCAGGGCUGAUCUGAGGGCUGUCAACAUCAACCUCUGUGACAUGUGUGUCAUCCUGUCAGCCAAUCAGAACAAUAUUGAUGAUGCAUCACUGCAGGACAAAGAGUGCAUCCUGGCGUCACUUAACAUCAAAUCCAUGCAGUUUGACGACAGCAUCGGGGUCUUGCAGGCCAAUUCGCAAGGCUUCACGCCGCCAGGGAUGGACCGAUCCUCUCCUGAGAACAGCCCAGUCCACGGAUUAGUUCGGCAGACCUCUGUUACUACUGGAGCAAAUAUUCCCAUCAUAACAGAGCUUGCACCGUUAGCAAAGCAAGGCAAAAAAGUGCCUGUGAUUUCAUUCAGUCAGGAUAAAAGCAGUGGGACCAGCAUACAAAUGAUAACUGAGCUGGUUAAUGACUCGAAUGUUCAGUUUCUGGACCAAGACGAUGACGACGAUCCAGACACCGAAUUAUACCUCACUCAGCCUUUUGCCUGUGGGACAGCAUUUGCAGUCAGUGUACUGGACUCCUUAAUGAGUGCGACGUACUUCAAUGAUAAUAUCCUCACCUUGAUCCGGACAUUGGUAACGGGUGGCGCCACGCCGGAGCUUGAGGGGCUGCUGGCCGAGGAGAAUGCAUUACGCGGUGGCUACAGCACACCGCAGACCCUGGCAAACAGGGACAGGUGUCGCGUGGCACAGCUGGCCUUGUACGACGGGCCCUUUGCUGACCUCGGGGAUGGUGGGUGCUAUGGGGACCUAUUCUGUAAAGCCUUGAAAACAUACAACAUGUUGUGUUUUGGCAUCUACCGCUUAAGGGAUGCUCAUCUAAACACACAGAGCCAGUGUACCAAACGGUACGUCAUCACCAAUCCCCCAUAUGCAUUUGAACUCGUGCCCUCCGACCUCAUAUUCUGCCUGAUGCAGUUUGACCACAAUGCCGGUCAGUCGCGGACCAGCCUUUCCCAUUCUUCUCACUCCUCGCACUCUUCGAGCAAAAAGAGCUCUUCCGUCCACUCUAUCCAAACUACCAACCGCGCCAACCGAGUCAAAAGCAGGGACUCGCGAGACAAACAAAAAGCAACAAGGAUCAAUAGAGUUGGCCAAGUACACAGUCCUGUGAAAACAAAGACUGUCGUGACUGGUAAUGUGAAAACAGAAAAGACAUGGUUUACAGAUGAACCAGAGAAUACCCACCUGAGGACCAUACAGAUCAAUCCUGUGAAUACUCUCGCCGUCAAACCAGUCGGUCACAAUAAAUCCGCCAGUAGCUUGAUCCCACCCAUCAGAGAAGCCGAGGACGAGUGCUGAGCUCCGGACCUCACCCUGACACCUGGACAACUGGACCUCCAAGAGGACAUAUUGAGUGGGUGUCAGUGUGGACCUCGGAUCAUUUAUCAGCAAGACAAACUGCUUUUCUUCCUUCAUCUUUGCAGCAAUGUAACAUCUGAACUGAUGUAGAAACAUAAAGACAAUCCUGACCACCACUCAACUUUCAGUUUGCACAGCAGUGACCAGACUCCAUGACUGUUUUUUUUUUUUUUUUGCUUUUUCAUUUUAUUUUGGGGAACGAGGGUCACUUGAGCAAGAGCGUAACCAUAGGCAAUUAUAAGCCCUGCUGGAUAAAAUACUCUAGUUGUAAAAGUUGCCUUUUAAGCUGUACAUGAACAACUACUGCUACUGCAUUUGAGUCUGGUUAAAGUAUUCUGUACAGUUUGUUAGAAUGUGUAUUUUACAUCCAGCUGCACCCCAACGCCCAUCCACCACCACAGUGGCAUUGUUGAGGUCUGAUGCUGCGCUCCAUUUACCACAGGAGUCGGAAAUCCAGUAAGGGAUGGAAAUUAGCACUGGCCUAAAGUGGUUAAACUUAUGAAAUGGUGGAUAGAUAUAAGGUCAGGGAGACAGGUUUGCAAUUCAUCAAUUCGCCUGUAGGGGGCAACAGUGCACCUGAGCUGCAGCUACAUUGCUGCAAAAACCGUUAAUAGUAGAAGAAAUACUGAAUAGUUUUAUAUACACAGUAAGUAGUUGAUAAAAACUUUUAAACAUUCUCAAAAUGAGCCAAAGAAUAUUAUGAUAAGCUAAAGAAAGCACUAACAAUGAGUGUCUAGUUGUUUUUGUUAUGAGAAUAGCAUUGUUCCCAAUGCAAGCAGCAGGUUUUGGAUUUCCUGACCUUUCAUUAUUGGAUGCUUUUGCAGUUUUGCUCUUUGUGUGACCCAAAUUUAUUCGGACAUUUUCUAAAGCAACAGGUGCAUUGGAACUAUAUUCCGCUUUUACCUUAACGUAUAUGGCAGAGAACAGUGGUUCUCACGUUUUUGGUUUCAUCUCAAGGAAACAUCAGCAUAAUCUCAAUAGGCUACUUAUCUAACCUUCUAAUUGCCAUUUUCAAAUAAUAUGGAUGUAAAAUUUGACCUUGUAGCUGUACAUUUCCAUGCCAAACGGCAAACAUUUGAACGUCUCAACAAAAACGGCUAUUUGAAGAAAAUAUGGUGUUGGUUUAAGCUAACUUGGUUAUGAAUAAUUCAUGUUGAAAAUUUAGUUUCAACAAUCAAAUUAUGCUAAAAGUUUUAUGACAUGACAUAAGCAAUUAGCUCACGAUAAAUCACUUCCAAACGUUUUCUACCUUCAAGGUGACAUUUAUCAUGUUCAAUUUAACAAAAAAUUGAAUUAGUUGAAGUUAUAAAUAAUACACUAUAUAAUACACUUUUGAAAUUCUGCUACAUAUGUGUGCUCAUUGGAAAACAGAAAAUUGGCUGAACCACUUUGUGAUUCAUUUUCAGCUUUCCACAUCAUUGGUAAUACAAUUUUUUUUCAAACAUUAUAAAAUGAGAUGGUUCUGAUCCUUUUUAACCUCUCUGCAAACUAUUGAUUUAGCAUAAGGAUGUAAAUGAGCAAAUAUUACGAAAGUCCUACAAGAGAAGAACUAAACUUUCCCCAAAAUGACUGGAGAUAAAUCAAAAGCUGGCUCAAUAAAGCAAUAGUAUAGGGUGUACACACUACAAGGUAAUUUUUUAUGUUCUCUCAUAUUUGUGUAUUUUUGCAUUCAAUAAUACAAAACAAUAUACAGGUCACAUUAAAUAUGGUUCAAAGUAAUUUUGUAUGAUCAUCAAACUGUUAUUCUGUAAGAGCCAACAGGCACAAAAGGGUAUUAUCAUAAUUAUAAUCAAAAAUAUAUGGUGUAAAUACAAAGUCCUCUGAAAAUAUGCAGUUAAAUUAAAAG